CACUUUCCUCUCCCGUUCCAAUCUCCACUACUGUUUCAAGCAGCAGCAGCAGCAGCAGCGGUGAGGAGGAGCAGAGUGAUGGAGUCUACCGCUCUGCCUUUUCUUGUUUCAAUCCCUCUCCUCCACCUGCUGCUCCUCUCUUCUGCCGCUGCCGCGUCCUGUCCGCCCCGCUCUUGUCAGCUUCUUGAUUCUUGUUCUACCGCUGAUGACUGCGCUGCGGGGCUCUACUGCGGCAGCUGCCCCGCAUCCGGCAACGUGCAGCCCGCCUGCGUUCGGGCCCUGGCCUACCAGCCCACUGCCUUCGUGAAGGGACUGCCUUUCAACAGGUACACAUGGCUGGUGACCCACAAUUCCUUCUCCAUCGUUGACGAGCCAUCCUACACCGGCGUCCAAAGAGUUACCUUUUACAACCAAGAAGAUACCGUCACGAAUCAAUUGAGAAAUGGUGUGAGGGGAUUGAUGCUGGACAUGUAUGACUUUGAGAACGAUAUCUGGCUCUGCCACUCGUUUCAGGGGCAGUGCUACAACUUCACGGCAUUCGAACCAGCAAUUAACACUCUGAAGGAGGUCGAGGAGUUCUUGACUGAGAAUCCAUUAGAGAUUGUGACAAUUAUCAUCGAGGAUUAUGUGCGUGCUCCCAAAGGGUUGACUAAACUGUUCACAGAUGCAGGCUUGGUCAAAUUCUGGUAUCCAGUCUCAGAGAUGCCCAUGAAUGGGAUGGAUUGGCCGAGUGUGACAGAUAUGGUGGCAAAGAACCAUAGGCUUCUUGUCUUUACCUCUGAUGCUUCAAAGGAAGCCAAUGAGGGUAUUGCGUAUCAAUGGCGGUACAUGGUGGAGAAUGAACCUGGAGAUCCGGGAGUGGUACCAGGUUCUUGCCCAAAUAGGAAGGAAUCACAACCACUGAAUUCAAGAUAUGCAUCCUUAUUUUUACAAAACUACUUCCCUACAAUUCCAGUUCAAAAUGAAGCUUGCAAGGAGCAUUCAGUUGGAUUUGCUGAAAUGGUUGAUGCUUGUUAUAGAGCAGCAGGAAAUAUAAUGCCCAACUUUCUUGCAGUAAAUUUUUACAUGAGAAGCAACGGAGGAGGUGUUUUUGAUAUUCAAGAUAGAAUAAAUGGACUUGCACUAUGUGGGUGUGGUACUAUCACUGCCUGCCAGGCUGGGGCACCAAUGGGAGUUUGCAAGAACACAGGAUCGCCGAAUCGAACUUCCACGAAUAGUGGAGGCACCUACUCUGGGUAUGUACAAUUGUCAGGAUCUGCAUCGAUGUUGCAUUUUUCUGGUCACUUGUUUGUCAAACUGCUUAUUGCUUUGCUAAUCUCCUACUCACUGUAGUUGACUGUCCAGGUCUAAAUAGUGCAUCAUUCUUUUAUUAUCAA